AAAGCACAAAACAACACAAAAGACAGCUCAAUUCAUCCAAAUACAACACCAAUAACACCACCAACAACAACAACAUCAACAACAACAAUGCCUCUCUCCAACAAAAAGGCCGCCCUCGCAGCAGAGCAGCAAAACCUCUCCUCCACCGGCGCAACCCACGCCGGAGCAGCGCCACCAGCAAACACCAACAUGAACAUGAACAACCCCAACGCAAACGCAAACCUCCCCGGCCCAGCCCCCUUCACCGCCGGCCCUCACCGCCACGACAUCAUGAACAAGCUCGAUCCCACCGUCGACAGCGGCACCGGCGGCAUGCAGGUCCUCGCCUCCAACGCCCACACAAACAACAACGCCGCCACGGGCAUCUCCGGCAUGCCUGGCCAGCCCGCUGCCGCCGGAGGAAUGACGACAACCGGCCUGGGCAGCAACAAUCCCUACAACAACACCAGCAGCAGCACUACUGCUCCUCCACACAACUCCCGCCUGGCCAACGCCCUUGACCCCCGCGUCGACUCUACCCAGCCCAGCAGCACAAACUACUACACAAAGGGCACCAACGUCGUCCCCGGAGCGGGCGCCACUCCGCGCCAUGUCCCCGAGGGCACAUACGGCCCUCACAGCUCCCGCAUGGCCAACGCCGCCGACCCGCGCGUCGACUCGGACGCAGACCGUCACCGGAUGGGCGGCGUCGGAGCGGGAAGCGUGGGAGGAGCAGCGGCCGGGUCGGCGCCGAAUGUCAAGCCCAUCUACCCUCCUGGCGUCGGCGGGCCUGCACCCACGACGGCCGGACCGCAUCGCCAUGAUAUCUUGAAUAAGCUCGAUCCUACUGUCGACAGUAGGAAGGUUGCCAAUGUCGACUCGACCGGCCACAGGGUUGUCUGA